AUGGCAGCGCCACAAGGAGUGAAAAUUACCGGUUUGUGCUUUGAGGCUGGGAAUGCAGACCAAGCGGCCUGUACAUUCACUGCAGCAGUAGCACAGUGGACGCACGAGCCAGAAUUGCUGAACAAUCUUGCAACUUCGUUGGCGGCACUGUCACAAGAGGUUGCCUUUGACGGUGAUCCCCAGUCAUUCGGUGCUCGAGCACUUUGCGAAGCCCAAGCAGCAGCUGAAUUGGCGUUGGUCAUGGGUCAUGCACCUGCAGGUGCCCUUGUGCAAGCCAUUGUAGAGCUGCGACACCAAAUGCAGCUCACCACCAGUGAGGUGCCGAGCACUGUUGCUGAAGCAUUAUCCCUGUGUGAAGGACGUGUCGACACGGAUGGGCAGGUUCCUUGGGUGCAGGAAACUGGCGAGUCACUGAGCUUGCAUACAGAUGUGGUAUGCCGAGACGCUAAAUCUUUGGAGCUUGCAGCGUCCGAGCGUGAGAGACGCCUGGGAUAUUGGCGACCAUCUCAGCUACGCAGAGCCUUCUUAUUGCGGAGGAUUUGUGGUUUGUUGCUUGUACAGGAUGUCUUUGACAUCCAAGUUCUCGCCAAUGUCUCGUCCGCCCUCCAGCACAUCUCGCAACUUGAGACUGAGAGAUCCCACAGGGUGGCAGAAUCAUCUCGCGUGGAGGCCUCGCGAGGUCACAAAAGACGUGAAGUGAAGGUGCCGCUCCAGCAUCCUUUCACACACCAGGACCUGCUGUCUCCGCCUCUACUCCGAAGCCUCGUGCAACUUCUUUUGGGGAAUCGUAUAGAGCUGGAUACUUUCAGCUUUAUUGAAAGCCGACCUGGCAGCACAGACCAGCCUUGGCACUUUGAUGUUCCACUGCCAGACUUUGGGUUGAAAGGUGUUGCUCCAUCAGUUGGCCUUGUCAGUGUCGUGCCCUUGGUGAACGUCAUGCCAACAAAUGGGGCAACUGAGUUCUUGCCUGGGUCUCACUGCCAAGCAGCGGAUCGGCGGUUCUGGAUGGAUGCAGAGACGAAAUCUGUCUUGCGCUUGCAGCCAUCCCUGACCGUUGGCAGCUUAGCCCUUUUUGAUCUUGGCCUUCGCCACCGUGGCGCCGCCAAUUCUGGCGACAGCAGCCGCACCAUUUUGUACAUGAGUUAUGUGCACGAGUGGUUCCGGGAUGCCAUCAACUUCCCGGAACCUCAGUCGAGCGCUUGGCACAGCUGGACGCCCACCACGAAGCGUUUGCUGUCGCGAUUGGAUAGCCGGCGUUACCUGCAAGAACUGGAAACGAGGCUCGGGGUUGUCAGCCAAAGCACUGGCGAGGGUAGGCGUGAUUUAGAGCUUUAG